AUGUAUGCGCGAUAUGUGCCACCACAAAAAGGGACUGCUAAGAGCCCGGAGCUACUGCAGACCAUUGAAACAGUGUCGAACCCUGUAGUGAAGUCGCAGCCGACAGCUUAUGCCAGAUACAUUCCACCAUCAAAACCCGUCGAUAGCCAAUCUGAUUAUCAUCAACCCUCUCAGCAUGUCCACUUCAAGGAUGAUACCAAUGGAAAUGAGCCACCUGCCAAGAAAGCUAGGUUGAUGGAUGAGAGCCACAUCGCUAAGGAGUCAAAAAAGAAGAGCAGGAAAUCAAAACAGCCCAAGGAGCUACAUGCUGAUACAGAAUAUUCAGAGGAGCCGCCCGUGUUAGAACCGGAGGCUCCAGCUCAACCAGACGAAACUUUGACUGCUCUAAAGCUCGGCGCGUCAGAACGGGGAGCAACCCAGCAGCUAACUCCAGAGAAGGUUCCCAAGUUGCCGGGUCAAGGGGGGAACGAAAAGAAGAUUAAAAAGAAAGAAAAAAAGAAGCGAAAUCUAGAGGCUCUCGAUGAAACUGAGGAUGAAACUCCAGUACGGCAUAAAGCGGUCCUAGAAAGGGCGGCAAAGUCGAUACGAGCUCCCAAGUUGCAACCUAUUGCAGACAAGCAUGAAGAUACGCCAAUGCAAGAUGCGCCGGAUGUCAGCGAUGGGAAUGAAACGAAGGCCGCCGAUAACUCUCUAGACGUGGAUGCGGAAACACCCGAGAUCCAUGGCCUUCAACCGCUACCUCAGCCUAAGCCGGUCAUCCCCGAGGCUACGAAACCGGCCUACGAGACGUUACCGUCCUGGCUGGCGAAACCAAUUCGUAUAUCUCCGCAGGCUACGGCGCACUUUACGGAAUUCGGACUUUCUCCAGACCUAGGUAUCACUGCUGAAGUAGCCGAAAGGUUAGCUGCAAAUGGGUAUAACCAAGCGUUUGCUAUACAGACCGCCGCAAUACCAUUGCUUCUUCCCCAUCAUGACAAGAAUAUGCAUGGUGAUAUUUUAGUUUCUGCCGCGACCGGUUCUGGAAAAACUCUAGCAUAUGUCCUGCCUCUAGUACGAGACUUGAGCCAAGGCAAUCGGCAUCUGACGAGGCUCCGUGCUGUGAUUGUUCUUCCAACUCGGGAACUUGUAAAGCAGGUUCAGCAAGUAUGCGAAGAGUGUGCGGGUGCGUUUGCUCUAAAUGGCACUAAGAGGAGAGUACGUGUCGGCAUAUCGAUGGGUAGCCAAUCCAUCGACCAAGAACAAGCUUCGCUUGUCGAGAGAGAAGAGGAAUAUAACCCAGAAGCAUUCGCUAAACGAAAUAGGAGACUUGCUUCUGAGAGUGGAUACGGUUCUGAUGACGAGAGCGACAAGGGUUACGAUACCGAAGAUGAAGAGAGAGCAGCGAUUCAAAAGAAGGAAGACAAGAUCCAAACAUUACCGAAUCACGUAAUCGCAUACAAAUCCAAGGUUGAUAUUCUUAUCUGCACUCCGGGGAGGCUCGUCGAACAUAUUAAAUACACACCCGGCUUUUCGUUGGACUUCGUCCGUUGGCUCGUCGUUGAUGAAGCCGACAAACUGCUCGGUCAAAAUUUCCAACAAUGGCUAGAUGUAGUUAUUCCGCGGCUACAGUCGGGCGAUGGCUCGCGAAACCACAAGCAGUCCAACCUGUCAGGUGUUCGGAAGGUCAUUCUCAGCGCUACGAUGACAAGGGAUCUCGACCGUCUGGAAGGGCUAAAACUUCGCUGGCCUAAGUUGAUCAUACUGGAGGGCUCGGGUAGCGCCGAAGAGGUAGAAGCUACUAUAAGUCAAGCUGACCUUGCGCUUCCUGAAACGCUCGGAGAAGCUGCUCUCAAAGUUAGCGACCCUAAUCUCAAGCCGCUCUUCCUGUUGGACCUACUUCAGAGCAAUUACAUAUUGGGACAGAUCGGUCAUAACAGGUCCAGAGGUGAUACUUCAGAUAGUGAAACUUCUUCGUCUGGGUCGGACUCUGACUCGGAUUCUGAUUCGGGCUCCGAUUCGGGUCUAGAUAGAUCACGUAGGACUUCCGAUAUCAUCCCCCCUACUACCAACACACCGAGUGUUUUAAUCUUUACCAAAUCAAACGAAACCGCUUUACGUCUCUCACGUCUUCUUUCAUUGCUUUCGCCAACCUUGGGCGCUCUUGUCGGUACGCUUACUUCGACAACACAAUACGUAGCCCGGAGACGCACCAUUCGGUCGUUCUUAGCUGGAAAGUUGCGUGUUCUCGUCGCAUCCGAUCUAGUUGCUCGCGGUAUAGAUCUUCCCAGUCUAGAUCACGUUAUCAACUACGAUAUGCCGUCCAGCAUAGCUUCAUACAUUCAUCGUGUAGGCCGUACAGCCAGAGCUGGGAAGACGGGCAAGGCGUGGACACUGUUCACAAAUCCGGAGGCAAGGUGGUUCUGGAAUGAAGUGGCUGGCGAGGCCGCUAUCCAAAGGAGCAAGAAUGUGGAGCGCAUUAGAAUAACCGAGGAGAAAGAAGAUGCGUUCGAAAGAAAGAUAUCUGAUUACGACUCGGCACUUAAGAAACUAGGAGAAGAAGCAAGCGGAUGGAAAGGCCGACCGCGCCAGCGUUAG